AUUCGAUCAACUUUCCCUUAUUAUUGUUUGUGACCGUUUCGACUUUGUCCAUGACUUGGUUCUUUAUAUUUACCGGAACAAUCUUCAAAAGUAUAUUGAAAUUUACGUGCAAAAGGUGAAUCCUUCUCGACUACCUGUUGUGAUUGGUGGUCUAUUAGACGUUGAUUGUUCCGAAGAUGUUAUUAAACAAUUAAUUAUGGUUGUUAAAGGACAAUUUUCAACCGAUGAGUUGGUGGAAGAAGUUGAGAAACGGAAUCGUCUCAAGUUGAAGCCUGGAGAGAGGGUCACUUUAAAGAAAUGAUUACAAAAGUAGCCAAUAUCGAGCUUUAUUACAAAGCUAUCCAAUUUUACCUUGAUUACAAGCCAAUGUUAUUGAACGAUUUAUUACUCAUUUUGGCUCCACGAAUGGAUCACACUCGAGCAGUUAACUUUUUCACUAAAGUUAAUCAGUUAUCUCUGGUUAAAGCCUACCUACGAUCGGUUCAAAGUUUAAACAACAAAGCAAUUAAUGAAGCUUUGAAUGGUUUGCUUAUCGAAGAAGAAGAUUAUCAAGGGUUACGAACAUCAAUUGACGCUUUUGACAAUUUCGAUAACAUUUCUCUGGCCCAAAGAUUGGAGAAACACGAACUCAUUGAAUUCCGGCGGAUUGCAGCUUACCUUUACAAGGGUAACAACAGAUGGAAACAAUCAGUCGAACUGUGCAAAAAAGAUGGUCUCUACAAAGAUUCGAUGGAAUAUGCGGCCGAAUCGAAAAGUCCCGAAGUGGCGGAAGAUCUUCUUUGGUUCUUGGAGCGAAAAAAUUAUCACUGUUUUGCCGCUUGUCUCUUCCAGUGUUACGAUCUCCUUCAUCCCGACGUUGUCAUGGAAUUGGCUUGGAGACAUGAUAUCAUGAAAUACGCUAUGCCUUAUUUCAUCAAUGUGAUGCGUGAAUACAUCACGAAAGUUGAUGAAUUGAGAGAAACAGUCGAUACCAAACUUGAGGAAACUGCGGCUCAAGAAUCGAGCUCACUAGUUUACGCAACCGAACCACAAUUAAUGUUAACUGCACCACCAGGCAUGAUUGGAUCUUCCCCCGGUGUUGUACCUGGCGGAAUAUCUGGUGUAGUACCCGGAGUCCCACCGGGAGUUUAUCCAGGAGGAUCAGUUGGAGGAGCUUAUCCUUACCAAGGAUAUGGAAUUUAAUUUAUACUUUAGCUAACAUAUAGCAAAUUCAAUUAUAUCACCACCACCCAACCACCCAACCACCCAACCACCUACAACACUCAAGCAACCAACCAAUAAACCACCUUCUUAAUUACUUC